UUCUUCAUGAAGACUUGAUGACUAUGUUCCCUCCGAUCCAGUAGGGGGCAGCAUAUUCUCACCUGCUCCCCAGCAAAACUCGGGUUAGAAGAGUCACGUGUCUGCGGAGUGCAGAGAAGCUAUGAAAGGUUAUUCAGUGGUGACUGGGUGGAGCGCCAGCAUGCAAAGCCUGGUGGUGCAGGCACUAGUCAUGAGGCAGUUGGGGAGAUUCAACCCUCGUCACCUGGUGGCGGCAGGAUACGGGCUGAGGCAGGCCGACUGGUGUCCCAGGACCAUCCACACACGGCAGCUGUGGGGCUGCUCGGCUCCCCUUGCACACGGAGGUCACCACCGACCCGUCCUUCACCUGAGAGACGCCACCAGAAGUUGGUCGGUUCAACAUCUGAGGUUCAAAAGCAACAAAAAGAAAACUUCCUCUGCGGCUGCACAGGAUGAAGACGAGGAAGAGGACCCAGAGGACAGUGAUUAUGACGAUGUUGACCCAAAUUUACCAAAAGACUUUAAGGACAUAGAGAAACAUGUUCCGUCUUUCCGUUUUGAUGUUAUCAUGAAAGCUGGUCUGGACAUAGCGCGCAACAAAAUUGAAGAUGCCUUCUACGACAACAAGCUCAGAUUAAACGGUCUUAAGCUCAUAAAGAAAAGUAAAGCGGUUAAAGCUGGGGACUCCUUGGACCUUGUGCUGUCAGAGAACCAACAAGCAAACACGGUUACGCUCAUGAGAGUCGUCCUGCUUAAGGUUGUUGGUGAAAGCAGUAACGCUGACAAGUAUAAAGUUUCCCUCCGACGCUGGAAACACCUCGAGCUUUCCAAAGAUGAAGCUCUGAAGCAAUGAACUUUAUCACGAGGACAGAGGAGUUUUUCUGGGUUAAAAAAAAUAUAUUUGAAUGGAAUUACAAAGCAUGUUCAUAGUUGUUUGCAAGUAGACUUCCAGUAACUAGGUCACCAGUGAGAGUUUUAAGGAAAGCUGGAUCUCUGGGAGAAUUGUUUUGGUGGUUACCUUUUUGUUUCUAUGACAUUUUCUCAAUAAAGGUUCAUUUUGAAUCACAAGUU